AUCCUCUCAUUCUCUCUCUCUCCUCACUUGAAAAAAUAGCCUCAUUUUCUCCCUCUCUCCCUUCUUUAUUUAUCCGAUCCUUUUCUUCUCUUCUUCUGCUCUGAAUAAUCUCAACAUGGCUUCUUCGGCUACUCUCUCAGUAGCCAAUGCCUCUCUUCAGGCAAAUGCUAAGGGAAUCUCUGAAUUCUCGGGUCUAAGGAACGCGGCCUCUCUUCCUUUUUCCAGAAAAGCUUCUGACGAUUUCCUCUCCGUCAUCGCCUUCCAGACUUCUGCGGUCGGAGGGAGUGGUUACAAGAGAGGAGUGGUAGAGGCGAAGCUGAAGGUAGCCAUCAACGGGUUUGGAAGGAUCGGUCGGAAUUUCUUGAGAUGCUGGCAUGGAAGGAAGGACUCUCCCCUCGAUGUGAUCGCCAUCAACGACACCGGCGGCAUCAAGCAAGCUUCCCACCUCCUCAAAUACGACUCAACGCUCGGCAUCUUCGAUGCCGAUGUUAAGACGGCUGGCGACAGGGCCAUAUCCGUCGAUGGGAAGGUGAUCGAGGUCGUAUCCGAUCGCAACCCAGUCAACCUUCCAUGGAAGGCCAUGGGGGUUGAUCUGGUGAUCGAAGGUACAGGAGUGUUUGUUGAUAGGGAGGGUGCAGGGAAGCACAUCCAAGCCGGAGCAAAGAAAGUGCUGAUCACAGCCCCAGGCAAGGGUGACAUCCCCACCUACGUCAUUGGUGUCAAUGCCGAUGCUUACAAUCCCGAUGAACCCAUCAUCAGCAAUGCAUCUUGCACCACCAAUUGCCUGGCACCGUUCGUUAAGGUCCUUGAUCAAAAGUUCGGCAUUAUCAAGGGGACCAUGACCACCACCCACUCCUACACUGGUGACCAAAGGCUGCUCGACGCGAGCCACCGUGACCUCAGACGUGCGCGGGCUGCGGCUCUCAAUAUCGUCCCGACGUCCACCGGUGCUGCAAAGGCUGUGGCCCUUGUCCUCCCCACUCUCAAAGGUAAACUCAACGGCAUCGCCCUCCGUGUCCCCACACCCAACGUAUCCGUUGUUGAUCUAGUCGUCCAAGUUUCAAAGAAGACGUUUGCCGAAGAGGUCAAUGCCGCAUUCAGGGAGAGCGCCGAGAAGGAGUUGAACGGCAUCCUCUCUGUCUGCGACGAGCCGCUCGUCUCAGUCGACUUCCGGUGCUCCGACGUGUCAUCCACCGUCGACUCAUCACUGACCAUGGUCAUGGGUGAUGACAUGGUUAAGGUGAUCGCCUGGUACGAUAACGAGUGGGGCUACUCACAGCGUGUGGUGGAUUUGGCCCACAUUGUUGCCGACAACUGGAAGUGAUCGAUUUUCGGUGGGCUGCCGCAUCUUAAUUUUUGUUUCACCUUUUAAAUUCCUAUUUUUGUCAAAAAAUUGUAAUGAGAGAUUAAACCUGUGUUUAGUUGCUGUUAUUAUAUUAGUCCUUUUAAAGUUCAA